AUGGCUACUCCGGCAGCAGUUACUGGGUCGAAACCUCGUCCAUCCACGUCUUAUGGACCAGGUCGUCGGACCUUUCGCGAGCUGGUUGGCGAAGAGAUGGUAGAUAUCUACGUGGGUCCCGAGGAGGUGCAUUUUCGAAUACACAAGCGCAUCCUCUGCGAUCGAGUGCCGUACUUCCAGAAAAUGUUCACGAGCGGCUUCAAGGAGGGCAGCGAAAAUGCUGCAAGGUUCCCAGAAGACGAUCCCGAUUCUUUCGAUAUGCUGGUAGAUUGGAUCUACUUUUACAAUAUACGGGGUCUGGCGAGGAUGAAGGAUAGCGACGGCAAUGACAUUAUAACCUGGGACCCCGUGAGGUUUUACUGCCUGGCAGAAAAGCUGUGCCUCCCGAUGGUUAUGGAUAAUAUCAUGGAUACACUGCGAAAAUAUCACAAAAAGAUGCAGGAACUUCCCUCGCCUGAUUUCAUAUACCGCGCCUACGCCUCUACGUCGGACAAAUCGCCGCUCCGGAACUAUUGUCUUAUGACCAUACGUUACAUUCUUGCGGACUUGGGCAAGGAUGAGACCGAAGAAGGAUGGCCGACUUCUGAAAUACAGAAAUUAUUCAAGGACCAUGAUAGCUUUGCUAGCGACUAUAUCACUGCGACUAGAGAUGGCAUCUCAGGGGAUCCCAGGGAUCUACCGAAGUGUUUCUUCCAUGUCCAUGGAGAAGAUGAACCAUGCAUCACCAAUGAUUGGAAUGGAAAGCGGAAAUACUAUGCUCUCCCACAACAGAAACAUCCCAAAAAGCAAUGUCUGGAGAGCGCGGGUCCUAGAGCAUCUCCAGCAUCCCCUAGCUGGUCUACAGCUGCGAUGAUAGGUCGUUGA